GGGUGAUGUUAUAAUGUUUAAAUUUCGAUUUAAAGCUUUCGUGACUGCAGUGAUUCAUCUUCUUGGUUCUUUCGGUAAAGUCACGUAGAAGGGAAAUAAUAAAAUAAUAAAAAUAAAAUAAUAAGAUAAUUCUCACGACGUUUCGGCCACAACGCAAGCAGCCGUCCUCAGGUGCCACAACAAUCAUUGCCUGCGCCCUUCCCAUGAGGAAGAAACCCCAAGAGAACGGAACUUCGAUGUGGAGACUUGGGACCAUGGUGCGGUACAAGCUGAGCCAUCCUUACACACGGUGCAGCAACAGCUGCAUCACCAUCAACAGUGAUCACAGUAGCAGCAACAAUAACUUCGCGAGCAGAAGAAACAGCGGUCUAGGCAGCAGCUGCAGCAGCACCCGCAGUGAGAACGGCGCCAUGCACGACCCGGACAUCUCGCUGAUGCUGGUGGCUCCGAGCGCCGCGUGCAUGCCCUUGGAGAGCGUGCGCGUCGAGCUGUCGACCCGCUACUGCCGCGCCGUGCUGCCCGAACACGAGCCACGUGUUUCCGAGAUCUGGCAGGCGCGCAUGCGGCACCAGCCGUGGCUCUACAACGGCUCCAAGUUCCGACUGCACUCGGCCGAGAUGGAGGCAGACGGCACGCUGCGCGUGCGGCUCGGCCUCACCUGCUACCGUGACUUCCUCGGAACCAACUGGGCAGCCGAAGCCCGGCGCCUGCAGGAGCACGGCGAGCGAGACGCCGGCAGCAGCCAGGCCUACCUGGCCGAGCCGCUGGGCGUGGGCGCUGUGCUCGUGACAGCCGAUGGGCAAGGCGUCUUCCUGCGUCGCAGCCACAUGGUGGGAGAGGCGGCCGGCCAGAUCGACAUACCCGGCGGACACCCUGAGCCCAAGGCAGUGGCACCGGGCGGGGACGAUGAGCGACUGCGCCCUGAAGACCUACAGCCCGAGCUGGUGGCACGGGAACUCUACGACUCCAUCUUGGCCGAGAUUCGCGAUGAGGUGAACCUACCGCUCACGUGCCUGAGUCCCCCCCUGCUCAUGGGAAUCGCGCGCAACAACACGAGCGCCGGCCGGCCUAGCGCUGAGUUCUACGUGCGCUGCAGCCUCAACUCGGAGGAAGUGCGGGCGCUCUACCUGCAGGGAGGACCCGAGGCUCAAGAGUCGACCAACAUCGUCUUCAUCCCCAGAGAGUGUCUGUCAACUCUGGAGCGAGACUCAUCCGUGUGGGGCGAACUAUGCCCCUCGGCUAAGGGAGGUGUGCGUCUCUUCUCGCUGCUGGGACCGAACCUUGGAGAUGAUCGGCCGUGGAGGGAAGGAGUUGAACUCGCAGGAGGGAACACCAAUGGCACAUCGUGAGCCCAGCUCACUUCUGUGCAGUGACAAUGCUCAAUUACGGCCACCACCGUGAUUGUGUUAUUAUUAUAAUUACAUUUACCAGGGCUUAAAUAUCUCAUGGAAUAUUUACCUGGUUGCUGGGAGACUGGAGUAGGCACGGGACUAGUAGUAGCCACAGCCAUCGCGAGAGGUAUACGAGAUGCGCUGUGCCAACUGCGGAAUUACUUUUGGAAUCACCGACCCGGACAGAGGUGAAAUUAUGUCCUGAUUAUAAUUGCUACUGUGUUUUGCACUCAAAUGAAAGUGUUUUUAAGGAUGGUUUUACUGCAUGCACAGACUAGAAGGUUGAAAAAGCACCACCAACUGAAUGGGAUGUUGGCACAAUGACAAAAACUCAUUGCACUUUAGUCAGACAAUCCGAAUAUUUAAUGUUUGGAAGACAGUGAUUGACAAUAUUUACUUCUAAAUGUCAUAUUACUAAGCCUCUCUCUGUGGAUAUAUGUAUUUCCUGAAGGUUAGUCAGCCAAAAAGUUUACAUCUCUUAUUCCUCUCAGUGACAUUUGAAUGAAAACCACUGAAUUGUUUUUUUAUUUACCUGUUAUGUUAUCUGUGAAUUCACUUGAAAAUUUAAAACGAACCACGAUGAAUAAGCAAUGUAUAAGUCAUCCUUACCAUGCGCUUGACCUGACGUGAUCGCUAAUUUCUGCCGGAAGAACCAGUGCCGCCGAACGGACCAGUGUUGUCGACUGCACGCUGAUGAUUUUUCUGAACGGUUUUUAGCAGAGGGCAAUUCAGCAAAAUAAUUUGAUAUACUGUACUAUGCUCCAAUGUCUAUGCUCCCCACCUUCACCACCCCGCACUGUCCAGCAUGGUGAAGUCAUGUUGAAAUAACUUUCACAACCUGAGUGGCAUGGGGAGGUCCUAAUCCAGCAGUGGAUUGACAUAAGGACUGUACAUGUACAUACAAUGUUGCCGUCAGUGGCUCUUCUCAAGAGCAGUGAAGGGGAUGUUUCAGUCUGUGUUUCGAUGUCACUGCCAGCAGAUCCCUCCGUUUUAUUUUGAGGCUCCUAUUGGUGUCAACCAGCACGGUGAGGUAUGGUCAAAUUACCUCCCCAUGACCGACACGGCAGUGUAUUGACUAAGGUGUCCCCGUCGGUGUGAAGCUGUUUUAUUGAGGAGGCAUUAACUGGGAUGUCAUCCCACCACUAGCUACGGAUCCAUAACAGGGUCAAUUAUUGUCCCAUGCGUUAAUCUGCAACGUUAAAAUGAUCGCGGACUUGUAAAUACACUCGAUUCCUUCAACAUGAUAUCAUGUUCAAGCGUUAUGGGACUGCAAGUUUGGCACUGUGUGGGGAAUAAAUUGGUGUUUACUGCAGUAUACACAUGCACCCACACAGAAGCACAUUUACAAUUGUAUACGUUGACAUAUACACACUUAGUUUGGGGGGUGGGGAUACUUCAUUGUUUACAAUGAGUUGUGCAGGUUUGUAUUUAGAUGUUACGAUACAAAAUUGCAUUGAUUGAAAAGAAAAUAUCAGCUUGAUUUGAAGAUUUCGUGACUGCAGGAAUUACUCUUUGGUUCUUUCGGUAAAGUCACGUAGAAAGAAAAGAAAUUAAAUAAUAGAAUACACACAGACACACAAGCAGAGUCUCUGUGUUGUCUCUCUCUGUAUCUCCGUGUCUGUGUUUUGUCUCUCAAAUUUAGCAAUCUUUGGAACAACGUAAUCAACCAGGUAGGGUGUUGACUGUUGUGUUAGCCGACUCCCUGUGUUGUAUUGCAUUGUAUUUCUAAGUUCACUAGGUUUAUUUUCUACCUGAUGACGAUUGCUUGUGUUGCAAUCGAAACGUCGUAUUAUAUUACAUUUAUUUUCUUUCUACGUGGCUUUACCGAAAGAACCAAAUAGCAAAUAUCAGCUGUUUUCAUUAGGUAUGUAAUGCAUAAUGUUAUUAGAUGAACGUUCAUGAUUCAGGGUUGCAUUUCGAUCCAAGAAUGUAUUGAAGUCUUACAGACUCAUUUUUCUUGCUGCCUGUUUUGUGUUGUAUUUUUGUUUGCUCCAUUAGCCUCAAUGCAAAAUGACCAUUAUAAUUUUAACUUCAUAUACAUUUAAAAUAUUUGACGAUUAAUGUAUCAUGAGGGUACGAAUACAUAUGAAUCGAUCAUUGCACCUCUGAAAAAGUAGACAAAGGACCAGUAGCGUCACUGUCGAGUGUGCAGGCGGUGCGACUGCACUGGUGUCCGUGGGAAGGAUAAUCCGAGGUGCUGGACGACAAAGUGGAGGGGGUGGGAAAUUGGACCAUGAUCCAAUAUUCCGUGCACCAGGAUACAAGUCAACCACGCUACUCCUCUCCCAAGAACCUUAUGCAUAAUUACAUUCCUAGUUGUUUUUUUUAUCAUGCAUUAAUAGUUCUCUUUCAGCCAACUUGUAAUGUCCUGUUAUGAAAUUCAGUCUGUAUGCACGAACGCUGCAAACAACCGCUAGUUUUAACAGCAGUGCCCUCUGUUGUCUCCGACAAUAAACACAUGCGUUUUUAGUUUUUUAUAUGAAUGUAACAAAUUAUAUGGAAGAAAAAGCAUGCACGUGCAUGGGUUCUAUCACACUUUCCAACAUGCGCUUGUCCUGGGAAGUGUUUUGAUGAACGACGUUACGUUACAAGCAACAUGAGAUGAUAUCGUAUUUCAUUACUUCAUCUGGAGGGGAGGCAUGGCACACGCAUCACACGAGACAAUCGCUUUGGCCGGCAAAGAUAAUAAUUUCAGGACUGUAUUUUAUCGCAAAGGCAACCGUUUGAUCGAUC